AUGAAAUGGAGUGGUCUGAGGAACCGCUAUUUGGUUAUCGGUGGGUCUGAAGUUGGAAGAGACUCACUGCAAAUGUAUGCAAAACAAAUCAACAGAAAGGGAACAACCGCAGAACAUCUGGAGUUAGAGGAAAGGUAUCUAGGCAAUAUUGAUGUCACCAAGUUGCUUGAGGAGGUCCCGGGGUGGCAAAACUCCGAUAAAGACCAUGAUGCAGAAGACAUAAAUCUGUCUGACCUCCUGGGUUCCUUUGAUGGCAAUGAUGAGCCUAUUGAGAGGAGAAAAUUGGUGUUACCCUUUAACUCAGGAAAAAGCACUUGCAAAAUUGAAGGCCUACACCAUCUAAUACAUAUACUACUGGGUCAAAAGUCAUUUCUGUUCAGGACAAAGGUGAGAGUGGCCUGGGGCUCUCAAAAGAAAAAGUUGAAGGCCUGGGCAGAGGUUACCCAUGUGAAAGCCGACGUCAAAGUCCACUCAGCCAUAUAUAAGAGAGCCUGGCAUGCAAUCAUAUCUCUUGGGAGCUGGGCAGAAAUAUUACAAAAAUAUCAAGAGCUCAAACCAGACCACCUCAAAACAUAA